CCGAACGAGACCGUAGCAAAAAAUAAAUAUAUAGAAAAAUACUAUUUCAUGUCGAGCGGCUACACAUAGCACUAUAUAUAUAUAUAUAUAUAUAUAUAUAUAUAUAUAUAUAUAUAUAAGGCUAACCAGCUAGCAAAAUUUUUUGAGUGCGGCGCGACGUGGCAAGUAAAUUCGUAUUAUCAGAUCAAAAUAGAAACAAGAAGAAGAAGACGAAUAAACAGAAGCAAGAAAAGAAAACUGUAGCCGACAAAGCUAACGACAACCAUAAAGAUGACGACACACCAAUUGCUCAACAGAAACGUACGCACAAUGCCCGACUGGGUGAAUGAGGCGAAUGAUCGCAUUGGACCCAAGCCGCCGCCAACGCCAAUGAAUGGCAAUGCGUCAAUGAAUGGAGCCCAGCUCAAGGUGCCGGCACUGCCUCCCAAAACGAAGAACACGCCCGAACCCGACUACGAAAUCAUCGAGUUCUCUAACCAGCAACAGUACUCAAAUGAGCCCAUGAAAACUACACAGAUCCGUACCAAAACGCCAGACAACAAAUUGAAAUGCACACUCUGUGGAUCGCAGAAUCCGUGGGUAACCUGUGCCGAAUGCGCUGGCCAGAUCUUUUGCGCCUCAUGCGACGACAUGUUCCACAAGCAUCCCAAGCGCAAGAACCACAUACGCAAGGCUGCGAAGCAAGGCACUCCACCCAUACCGCCCAAGGCAAGUGCUGCAGGAGCUGCUCCACCGGUUGCACCACCUCGACGCAGCAAACGUGGUUUGUUGACACCGUUUCUGGGUCGCAAGGAACAGAUGUUGCCACCGCCCUCGCCGACGCCCUCGCACAAGUCCUCCGGCGGCUGGCGGGGUCCAGCUGCUGGGCCUCAAAUGAACAAUCGACCGUUGCCGGAGCCGCCACGGCCGGCGCCCAGCGAGGGCGGCGGCUCCUCUCGCUCGGGCACGCCCAAAUCAGUAUUCGACUCAAUCAGCCGACCGCCCUCGGUGCAGCUGGAGAAGAUCAAGAGCAAGGCGAACGCCACCUUGGAUCGCAUGGCACAGCUGCAGCAGCGCUAUCGCCAGCAGAAGGCGCAACAUGAGGCGGGCAAUCCCGACCAGCAGCUGAACUUCGAGCAUUGGUCAAACAUUUCACCAUCGCCCUCGCAUUUUCGUUCCGGCAGCAUGUCAUCCGGUUUGAAUUCAUCGCAUUUUGAUCUAUCCGAUGAUUCACACAAUUUUCACAAUUCCCUGCUGUUCCAACAACAACAACAACUACGACGACAGGCCGUAGGCGCUCAGCGUCGUCAAAUGAGCACAUCCGUCUUCAAUUUGAAUAGCAUGAGUCCCCGCCGUCCGCUCGCAGAGAACCAACCCAUCGGUUCUGCCUGGGUGGCCAAUCAGCGCAUGCAACAGGCUCAGUCAAUGGCGCAUCUCAACUGCGCUGGCUGCCAGAGCCAACAGCCCAAUUGGCCCGGACAGCCCCAUCCACACGAUGAGUGGUCGCAGUUCGGCUCGCAGCAGCAGUUCAACAGCUCGAAUCUAUCGCUCAACGUGGGCCCCGGCUACUUGCCACAGCAUCAACAGCUCAUGCAACAGCAGCAUCCGCACUAUCCGCCACCUGUGUUCAUGACACAGCGCGGCAUUAUGCCGAAAAUGUAUCCAGGCGCUGCGGGCUACCCCAUGAUGCAUCCAGGUGUUAUGGGCAUGCCACCCACAGCUGUCUCGCGUGCCGCUUCACGCGCUCGCUAUGCUGCCUCCCCCACACCUAGUCGCAAGUCCAUGUCGAUGCGUCGCAAGCGCAGCAGCUACGUUGAUGAUGAGCUGACGGAUGAUGAGGACUCGGAUCAGGAUGAUCGUCGUUCGCUGGUCUCGAACAGAUCGGGCAUGACGAGCGCCUCGAGAGCUCACCAACACCAUCAGCGUCAGCGACGCAUGUCCAGCGCCUCGCAGCUCAUCAGCAACGGCAACGGAGGCAACGAUGAGCUGGACGGGGAGCAGCGACAUGCCGGCAGCAGACAGCACAAGAUGCGGGACCGUCGUGGAUCCAUAGCAAAGAGCGUGCAGAGCGAAUGGCUGCCUGAACGCAGGGACUCGAAUGCCAGUGGAGGCGGAACAGGCACUUUGAAGCGGAGCCAACAGCAGGAUGCGCCGAAAACAAGUCGCAUCUACUCGGACCUGGAGUCGGAGGGUUCCGGUGCGCGCGCCUUGGUUCAAGCCAAAAUACAACAGAAACUUCAAGAGGCCGAUCAGCAAAAGGUUAAGAGAACCGAGUCCAAGCGCAAGCCCGAAACGAAGGAUGAGAAUACUCAAGCUGCGGCUGUGGUGCAGAAAGUCAUCGAAACACCAGUCAAGUCAAGAGAAAAAAGCGAUUCAGAGUAUGAGGAAGUCGUGGAGGAGGUAACCGCAUCGGAGACUGAAGAGGAACAGCCAGCGGCGGCCGCACCAACUGAGGUAGAUGCUGGGGACGAUGAGUUGGGUCCACCUCCCUCGACACCCGAUCACGAGUGGGAAUGCGAAUUUUGCACAUUUGUGAAUGAGCCAAAUAUCAAGAUCUGUGCCAUAUGCUGCAAGACGCCCUGCAAGCAGCCAGUGAAGCCCAAUAAAGCAACUACCCCACCGGCCAAAGCAGCAGCUGUUGAGCCUAAGGCAACGCAGGCUAAGUCGGAAGUGAAGCUUGUGCGCAAGAGCUCCAUGAAGACGACGACAAAGCCAACUGUGCAGAAGGCUAUUCAGCCAGCUAGCCAAAGUCCAGCUAAGACUCAAGCUCCAGCUACAGCCAAACCUAAACAGACAACAACAGCUACAGCUACAGCUACCACCACUACCAGCACCGUCACCAACAAGAAACCCACAACGGCUAUCAAGUCCAAGCUGAAAUCGACAGCCGGAAAUCAAGCAGAUAAACCGCUUGGCUCCAGCUUUUUAAACAAAGAAUCCGUUGAGAAUAUAUGGAAUACACUGGAUGAGAGCAUUCAGGCGCAGGCGGAGCAGGUGCUAAAACAAUCAAAGAAAGUCUCCACUGGCUGUGGAGGAACACCGCCUCGUGAGUUGCCAACGAAAAUGGAGGCACGUGAAAUGGGCACUUCACCACCGCCGCAGAGCAUCUCGACACAAACCUACGAUGCUUUGCCUUUUGUCGGACAGCCAGAGAUCCCGCCUGAGCCAGAACGUUUCCGAACCCCCGAACCGGCCAAGAUGGAACGUAAGCCCUAUUAUCGCAGCAGCUCCCAGCUGACGCAGGAGAACGAACGUUAUCGUAGCUCAAACGAUUUAAGGAACAUGGAAGGUAUUUCCAAUCAACUGACGAGAAGACCGAAUUUCAUAAACGACCUCAAAAUGCUGCAGCAUCAAACAUCUUCACCAUUUGAUCUGCCUCACGAGUCGGUGGGCUACAAACACGAGCCAGCUAGAGAUCCUGAAAUUGAAAUGCAUAUUAUACUCAAAGAGCUGGAGCUCUAUAAAUUUACGGUUGAUGAGCUCGAGGCAGCUCUGAAAUAUUGUGGACCCGACAUCCAUCCUAUACAAUGGUUGCGUGAGAACUGGCAUAAGCUGGUCCAAACCGUCCAAAGUCUGUCCACCAAAUAUGGCCAGGAGCGUGCGGAGAAUACAAUUGGCACCGUCUCACAGAACGAGGCCAGGGAAGCAUUGAGGAGCUCGGGCGGAAAUGUUUGGCAAGCGGUCGCCGAUUGCAUCCAGCAGCGCCAGCAAAAGUAUCGCAAGCUCGCAGCGAAGGGCAACUUUCUAAGUGAGGACAUUGUGAAUGCGUUGACGGCGCAUCAAGGUAAUGUGGAACAGGCAUUGGUCGAACUGAAUCGCACUCAGCUUAAACCAUUUCUAAUGCGCAUCUGGGGCUCGCCGAAUGGCGUGGAGAAUGAGAGUGCGGCCGUAGAUAAUCAAUCGGAUAUCCAUGAGUUUCUUAACACUCACGCUUUGGACUGUCUGCAAGUGCAGAACAGUGAGAGUCCUGCUUUAGCCUAUCCAUUCGAUGACAAUUCUAGCCCAGCCAAGUCCGCCUAUGCCACGCCUAGUCCCUAUCAGCUAGAGGAUGGCACAUUAAAGAAUCUGGAAAUUCUGAUUGGCAAUAUGGAGCAGAAUCAGGCUAAGCAAAACCAGGAGGUUCUGCGUUCCAUCGAGACGAUGCUAGAAACGUUUAAGGGCAAACCCGAUCAGGAAUAUGAAACGGAUCCGGAAGUAAUGCGUAUUCUUACCAAAAGUCCCAUUAGCACAUUGAAGUCGCCCUCGGCUCUGCCCGAGAAGUCCAGUGAUGAUGUCAAGAACUUUGUCUGGCAGCAUAUUCAGGAAAUUGUACCGAAUUUGGUGCAACAGGUGGAGCAGGAGCUAAUGGCGCCUACGGAGGUAGCCCAAGCCCCUGUCACAGUGGUGCCCACUGAGGCAGUGCCCCAAAAAGAAGCAACUCCACCGCCAGAUCCCGGUGUAUAUAUCAUGGAAGAGUUCAUUAAACCCAAUCUAAGAGAGAGCACCAUACGCGAGGAGCUACCUCCCAAUUUUAUUUACGCUACAGAAAUAGCAAAUUUCAAAUUGGAAUUUGAUCGUGGUGUGGAAAGAGUGCAUGAACUGGAGUUCGAGCUGGAUGACCUGGAAGAUGCCAAGCACAUCGUCUACAAAAGCUAUUUGGCACCCAAACUAGGGGCUGUCAAAGAGGAAAUAGUACCAGAGAAUGUUGUUAGUGAAGAGAGGAAUCCGAAUUCAGAAACUCUGGAAAGCAAAGUGAGUGCAUCCAUUCUGGUAAAUGAGGAAAUAUUGGCAAAGAAUCCUGAUAGUGAUGAGAAGAACCAGAAUUCGGAAGAUCUAGAGAGCAAAGUGAGUGUAGUUGGAGUAACAGAGGUUGAAGCUGCUCAAAAUGAGAAUUCAACAGAACCUAUAGCUCCUCAAGUGAAACAAGAAACGGCUGAAGCGACGACAAAAGAAGUAACCCUAGAAAAACCUAUAAAUCUGCCAGAUGAAGCCCCAUUGGCAGCUAACUCUGUCAGCUCAUCUAAAGCAGAGACGGCUGCUGAACAGAUUAUCGCAGCACCCACACCAACCGAGCCCAAAUCCAAGGAAAAUGCAAUAGCAGCAGAGACACAAGCGAAACUUGACGACAAGCCCAGCACUAGCCGAGAGGUGUACAAGAGAAAUAAGCGAUCUCAGUUACCGAAAAAGGGUAGAGCACGAGAUCAAAGUCAAAGACCAACAAAUAGGAACAGAUUGCCAAAUAAUAUAGAGAAAGUUGAGAGGGAAAUCGAGGCAAAAGAGCAGAAGGAUGCUGUCAUUAAAACUACAAAUGAAAUAGUCCCAGGGUCUAAAAUUGCAGUAGUUGAAGUAGAGGAACAAAUUAAAGCGAUUGAAAAGGAAGCUGAGCCAGAAGCUAUAAAAUCUGAGCCAGCUGAAGGUAAGGUAGAACCAAGACCAGAAACACAGACAGAAAUUGAUGUGAUUAUAGAAGCUGAAGAUCAAGAAGAAGCCAAAACGGUUGCACAAGCUGAAGUUACACAAACUGAAGUUACACAAACUGAAGUUGUACAAUCAGAAGUUGUGAGAGCAGAAGUUACACAAGCUGAAGUUCCAGUGGAACCACAAGCAGGAGUUUUAACUGUACCACAAUCUGUUGAACCAACUCCAACAACUACAACUGAAUCAGUUGAUACAGACCCAAAAGAAGUUCCGUCUGAGACCUUGCCGUUGAUUCCAAAUUCAGCAAUCGAAACACCCAUAGAAAGAGCCGAAGUUGAGAUCUCGCAAGUUGUUCAAUCUGUAAGCAGUACAAUAGCUAAUAUAGAAAUAACACCUAAUCAGACUCAAGAACAGCCUCAAGAAGUCGAACAGCCUCGAAGUGUAGUGCAGGUUAAUGAGGAGGCAAUCAUAGCACCUACAACACCCUCUGCUGAAUCACUGCAGAUAGAGCCAGCCACAGCCACAACCAUUGAGCUAAUACCAACAAUUGCUGUGACAAGCAAUCAGAAGCGCAGUCCCAAACGUUUCUCUAAAAUACCAGUAAGAACACUGAGUACACAAAGUCUACACAGAGAAAGCAGAAAUAAUACGCCAGUUGAGGUUGAGGUCAACUCAGAGCUGCAACAAAAUGUAGAGCAAGACAUGCCAAAGGCUGAAGAGACUGCAGUCGAGUCAGCUGUGGUAUCCGUAGUAGUUACACCCAGUGAGGAGGCCUCGGAGGAGAUUUUCGAAGAUGCUGCCGAGUUCAGCGGCGAGGAGCAGCAACUGCAUGACGACUCUCCCUCGGAAGCAGAGCUCUACAGUCUCGAUAGCGAAGAGCACCCACCGAAGUCACCAGACGGUGCUGAAGUCCUGCUCGUACUCAACCCAGAACAGCCCAUGCAGAACUUGAGUCUCGCUCAAUCUGCCAGCAACACAAGCAUCAGUUCACACUCAAGUGAUGAGGUCGAGCCGGUGGUAUUUAAAGAGUUCAUACCAUCGGGCGACCCAGCCAAACAGAAUCUGAGCGAACUUGUUGAGGACACACAACGUUUGAUCAAACAAAUGCGCGACGAGAUAAGCAUGGAUGAGUUUGAGUCAACGGAUGAAGAUGAGUACUCCGAGGACUAUUCCGACGAGUACGACGAAGGUGAAGAGGAAGACUGGUAUGACAGCGAGGGUGAAGAAGAGGAGGGCACCUACAAUGAGCAAGCUUCGUUUAUUGAGGAGGCCUCGAGCGGUGCCGCUGGUUUCGUCGAUGAAGACGGCACUGAGAUCGAAGACAUUAUGGAAGAGGAUGAACUCGAAGCGGAAAAUGAAGAAGCAGAAGAGGCAGCGGCAGAGUCAUCAGCUGACAUACAACAAACAGUCACGAGCACCUCAUCAGUCACGCCCACAAAUCAUGAAGAUGAGACUGCCCAUGGGGCAACUGAAAAUGUUUCCUUUACAGGCAGCACAGCCCUUGAGGCAACCAUUGAAACUGAGCCAGCUGUAGCUGCUGCAGCUGCUUCGAUAGCUUCUACAGAGGAAGCCAAAGCUGCUGUAAGCGAGAAUACUGCCCUGGAACCUCCGCUCAUACCACUAACCGAAAAUAGACCAGCCGAGCUGCCUGCAGAGAUUGUUUUAGAAACGAAACCCCAGGCAGAGGAGCCAAUUGCUUUACCCAUUAUACCCGAUCCACCUAUUGUCGAUUCCGAAACCCGUCCACUGGAACUGCCUAGCGAAACGGUACUGGAAGAGCCCAAAAAGGUAAACCCCAAAAAGACAACCAAAACAGACGCACCAAACACAGCCAAAGCAAACAGCACACCCAAAGCUAGCAAAAUACCCAAGCUAACAACAAAUGAUAACAACACAACACCACCACCACCACCAACAACAACAACAACUGCAACCACAACAACAACAACAAACAAGAAAUUGCCAUUGCGUUCCAAGUCCUUUUCCGCGCCCAUUGGCAUAUCCUCGGUGAAGCGCAUACAGCAGCAGUAUUUGCAAAAGCAAACUCAAUCGAACGGAAGCAGCAACAGUCGAGUGCCACUCAAGAGUAGUCCGAGCAACAGGAAAUCCCUGAGUGAUGCCAUCAAGAAAUUCAAUACGAAAACGACCUUGGACGAUGGACCCAGCACGAGUGCUGCGGUAAACGCUCUACUGAAGCCACGCAGCCAGCCGCGCAUACCCAAGAAGAAAUAUCACGAAACCUGCUUCUCGGACGAUGAUUACGAGACAUCGGCCUCUGAGGAGGCGGAGCAGGAGCAGCAGUCAGAGAUGCUGCAGCGUAAGCUCAGCAUGCCAGUCUUUCGCGCCUACCCCAGUGUCCAGGAGCCAGUCAUUGAGGAGCCGGCGGUGCUGGCACGCAAGUACGUGGAGCAGCAGCUGGUGACGAGCAUUGCGGAGGCACAAAUUGCCGCCACAUUGGUCAACAUGAAGUUCCAGGAGGAUGUCGCCUUGUGGGCCGCCAGGGAAUGCUCUGAUCUUGAUCAGGCCAUCUCCAUGCUGCAGCAAGAGUGUGAGCUGUGCAUGAACAGCUAUCCCAUGAACCAGAUUGUCUCCAUGCUCAAGUGCACCCACAAAUGCUGCAAGCAGUGCGCCAAGAGUUAUUUCACUGUACAGAUUACCGAUCGCAGCAUCAACGACUGCAGCUGUCCGUUCUGUAAGCUGCCCGAACUGAGCAACGCAGUGCAGCAUGAGGAUGAACACUUGGAGUACUUUUCCAAUUUGGACAUUUUCCUUAAGAGCAUUCUGGACAACGAUGUGCACGAACUGUUCCAGCGUAAGCUGCGCGAUCGCACCCUGCUCCAAGACCCCAACUUCAAGUGGUGCAUACAGUGCUCGUCCGGCUUCUUUGCCCGGCCCAAGCAGAAGCGUUUGAUAUGCCCCGACUGUGGCUCGGUGACCUGUGCCCAGUGUCGCAAGCCCUGGGAGCGCCAGCACGAGGGCACCAGCUGCGAGGCGUACCUCGAAUGGAAGCGGGAAAACGAUCCGGAGCUGCAGGCCCAAGGAGUGCAGGAGCAUUUAGCGCAGAACGGCAUAGACUGUCCCAAAUGCAAAUUUCGUUAUUCGCUGGCCAGGGGUGGCUGCAUGCACUUCACCUGCACUCAGUGCAAGUUCGAGUUCUGCUAUGGCUGUGCUCGGCCCUUCAUGAUGGGCGCCAAGUGCACCAUCUCCCCGUAUUGCGCCAAGCUGGGUCUGCACGCCCAUCAUCCCCGCAAUUGUCUGUUCUAUCUGAGAGAUAAGAUACCCAUGCAGCUGCAGUUUCUACUCAAGGAGCACAACGUCAAGUUCGACACGGAGCCCAUGGAGCUAGCCGACGAGCCCAGCAGCUCGAGCAAGGCCCGUGCCCAGGCACGCUGUCCCAUUCCCCUGCAGAAAGAGACACCACAGGGUCUGGUGGACACAGUGUGCAACAGCGAGGUGCCGGACAAGCAUGCGGGCAUGUGUCGCACGCAUUACGUCGAGUAUUUGGCUGGCAAGGUUGCCAAGGCCAGCAUCGAUCCGUUGCCCAUUUUCGAUUUGACGGACUGUGUUCAGGAGCUGCGUAGGCGUGGCAUCGCGCUGCCCGAGCGUGGGCCCUGGGACACCGACGAGAUCUACAAGACCAUGUGCUCUGAGGUAAUCAAGCAACGUAUACCAUUGAAAUCGGCCUGAGUGCCUGGAAGAUUGUAUAUGGAUAUAUAUAAGCCGACUGAAUAUGGUUUUUCCUGAUCUACUUGGGAUUUCGAUUCUGCCACUCUUUUUCUCUUUUUCGCUUACAUUAUUCAUAUUAUUCUAUAUAGACAUUUUUUAUACAUGCAUUAUUUGUAAAUUUUUGAAAUGUUUUUCACAGCCCACACGCAUCAACCGCAUCGCAUCGCAUCGCAUCCAUACCAUAUUUGUUUUAGCUCGUAAGCAAUUCGCAUCGUUUAUAUAUUUUUUGCACAUGCAGCCAAGACAUAAACCAUAGAUAUAGAGCUACCUAGACAUACGAACAGACACAUCGAAUCUAAUGGCAUUCAAUAAACAGAUUAAUUAAUUAAUGCA